UGGAGGAGGAGGUUCCGCGCGCGUAGCUCCACCCUCGCGCACCGAGGCGCACUUUAAAUGGUAAAGCUCGGAGUUUAUCGGGGGUCAUUUGGACUGUUCGUUUUUUUGGAGUACUGCCUCGUCGGCGCCGGACAGUCCAAACCCUGAAAACGCCCCAAGUCCCCCAGAACUCCCCUCAGCGGACGUUUCUGCGCUUUAUUUGGCCCAUCACUUUAAUCCAAGAUGUCCAAGAAGGCCCCAAGUGAAGAUGAGAAGUUCCUCUUUGUUGACAAGGACUUCCUCAACAGCCCGAUGGCUCAGGCUGACUGGGCAGCGAAGAAGCUGGUCUGGGUCCCUUCGGAGAAGCACGGAUUUGAGGCAGCCAGCAUCAAAGAGGAGCGCGGCGAGGAGGUCCUGGUGGAGCUGGUCGACAAUGGCAAGAAAGUGACUGUCAACAAGGAUGACAUCCAGAAGAUGAACCCGCCCAAGUUUAGUAAAGUGGAAGACAUGGCCGAGCUCACAUGCCUCAACGAAGCCUCCGUGCUGCACAAUCUCCGUGAGCGCUACUUCUCUGGUCUUAUUUAUACGUACUCCGGCCUCUUCUGUGUGGUGGUGAACCCGUAUAAAAUGCUGCCCAUCUACUCGGAGAAGAUCAUUGACAUGUACAAAAGGAAGAAAAGACACGAAGUCCCGCCUCAUAUCUACUCCAUCGCUGACAACGCCUACAGAAACAUGAUGCAAGAUCGUGAGGAUCAGUCUAUUCUCUGCACUGGGGAGUCUGGUGCCGGGAAGACAGAGAACACCAAGAAGGUGAUCCAGUAUCUCGCUGUUGUGGCGUCAUCACACAAAGGCAAAAAGGACAGCAGUGUUCAACAAUCAGGAGCACAGUUUGCCUACGGGGAGCUGGAGAAGCAGCUCCUGCAGGCUAAUCCCAUCCUGGAGGCCUUUGGGAAUGCCAAAACCAUCAAAAAUGAUAAUUCUUCUCGAUUUGGUAAAUUCAUCCGUAUCAACUUUGAUGUGACCGGCUACAUUGUUGGUGCCAAUAUUGAGACCUACCUGCUGGAGAAGUCUCGAUGUAUCAGACAGGCAAAAACUGAAAGAGCCUUUCACAUCUUCUAUUACAUGAUUGCUGCCAAAGAAAAACUGCGCGAGGAACUUCUUCUAGAGUCCUUCAACAGUUACCGUUUCCUGAGUUCGGGCCAUGUCCAGAUUUCCGGCCAACAGGACGAUGAGAUGUACGAAGAGACGAUGGAGGCCAUGAACAUCAUGGGCUUCACCGAAGAAGAGAGAAUCGAUAUCCUGAAGGUUUGCUCCUCAGUGAUGCAGCUCGGAAACAUUGAGUUCAAGAAAGAGAGGAACCAGGAACAGGCCACCAUGCCAGACAACACCGCGGCCCAGAAGGUGUGUCACCUGCAGGGCAUCAAACGUGACGAUUUCACCCGUGCCAUCCUCACUCCUCGAAUCAAAGUGGGCAGAGAGGUGGUGCAGAAGGCCCAGACUAAAGAGCAGGCGGACUUUGCUGUUGAAGCUCUGGCCAAGGCAAUGUUUGAGCGCCUCUUCCGCUGGAUCCUGGGCCGAGUCAACAAGGCUCUGGACAAGACCAAGCGCCAGGGUGCAUCCUUCCUGGGAAUCCUGGACAUAGCUGGUUUUGAGAUCUUUGAGGACAAUUCCUUUGAGCAGCUGUGCAUCAACUACACCAAUGAGAAGCUGCAGCAGCUCUUCAACCACACUAUGUUCAUCCUGGAGCAAGAGGAGUACCAGAGGGAGGGCAUCGAGUGGAACUUUAUCGACUUUGGUCUUGACCUGCAGCCUUGCAUUGAGCUCAUUGAGCGGCCAAAUAACCCUCCAGGCAUCCUGGCCCUGCUGGAUGAAGAGUGCUGGUUCCCCAAAGCCACAGAUGUCUCCUUUGUAGAGAAACUUCUCAACACUCAAGGAAACCACGUCAAAUUUGCCAAACCGAAACAGCUCAAGGACAAGACAGAGUUUUCUAUUCUUCACUAUGCAGGAAAGGUAGACUACAACGCCACAGCGUGGCUGACGAAGAACAUGGACCCUCUUAAUGAUAACGUCACGUCGCUGCUCAACAACUCCUCCAGUACAUUUGUACAAGACCUCUGGAAAGAUGUGGACAGAGUUGUGGGUCUUGAUACGCUUGCCAAGAUGUCAGACACCUCCAUGCCAAGCGCUUCUAAAACCAAGAAGGGAAUGUUCCGGACGGUGGGACAGCUCUACAAGGAGUCUCUGGCUAAACUCAUGACGACGCUCCACAACACCCAACCCAACUUUGUCAGAUGCAUCAUCCCAAACCACGAGAAGAGGGCCGGUAAACUAGAUGCACACCUGGUCUUGGAUCAGCUGAGGUGUAACGGUGUGCUGGAGGGGAUCAGAAUCUGCCGACAAGGAUUCCCCAACAGAAUAGUCUUCCAGGAGUUCCGUCAACGUUAUGAGAUCUUAGCUGCUAAUGCAAUUCCCAAAGGGUUCAUGGAUGGCAAGCAAGCCUGCAUCCUCAUGAUUAAGCAUCUGGACUUGGACCCCAACCUGUACAGGAUUGGACAGAGUAAGAUCUUCUUCCGUACUGGAGUGCUGGCCCAGCUGGAGGAGGAGCGAGAUCUAAAGAUCACUGUCAUCAUUAUCGCCUUCCAGGCUCAGGCUCGAGGAUUCUUGGCCCGAAAGGCAUUUGCUAAGAGGCAACAGCAGCUCACAGCCAUGAAGGUGAUCCAGAGGAACUGUGCUGCCUACCUCAAACUCAGGAACUGGCAGUGGUGGAGGCUCUUCACCAAGGUCAAACCUCUGCUGCAAGUGACCCGUCAGGAGGAGGAAAUGAGUCUAAAGGAGGAGGAGCUGCACAGAGCCAAAGAAGUGGCUGCAAAGUUUGAGUCUGAGCUGAAGGAGAUUACCCUGAAACACACAACGGUUCUGGAGGAGAGGAAUGCCUUGCAGGAGCAGCUCCAGGCAGAGACAGAGCUGUAUGCCGAGGCUGAGGAGAUGAGGAUUCGUCUGGCAUCUAAGAAACAGGAGCUGGAGGAGAUCCUUCAUGAGAUGGAGGCGAGGCUGGAUGAAGAAGAAGACCGUUCUCAGGCACUGCUCGUGGAGAAGAAGAAGAUGCAGCAGCAGAUGCAGGAAUUGGAGGAACAUUUGGAAGAGGAAGAAGAUGCUCGUCAGAAGCUUCAGCUGGAGAAAGUUACCUGUGAGGGCAAAAUCAAAAAGCUGGAAGAUGACAUCCUGGUGAUGGAAGACCACAACAACAAGCUACUCAAAGAGAGAAAGCUGAUGGAGGAGAGAAUUGCAGACUUCAGCACCAACCUGGCCGAGGAAGAAGAAAAGUCUAAAAACCUCACCAAGCUCAAAAAUAAACAUGAAUCCAUGAUUUCUGAACUGGAGGUCCGGUUAAAGAAAGAAGAAAAGAGUCGACAGGAGCUGGACAAGACUAAGCGCAAGUUGGAGGCGGAGUCAAAUGACCUACAGGAGCAGAUAGCUGACCUGCAGGCCCAAAUCGCUGACCUCAAAGCCCAACUCAUCAAAAAGGAGGAGGAGCUACAGAAUGCUUUGGCCAGGUUGGAGGAUGAGACAUCGCAGAAGAACAAUGCACUCAAGAAGAUCAGAGAGCUGGAGGGUCACAUCUCAGACCUGCAGGAGGACCUCGACUCUGAGCGGGCAGCCAGGAACAAGGCAGAGAAGAUCAAGAGAGACCUCGGAGAGGAGCUGGAGGCUCUCAAGUCUGAGCUCGAGGACACUCUGGACACCACGGCGACACAGCAGGAACUCAGAGCCAAACGAGAACAGGAGGUCACCCUGCUGAAGAAAGCCAUUGAGGAGGAGAACCGGACCCAUGAGGCCCAGGUGCAUGAGAUGAGACAGAAGCACACCCAGGCUGUGGAGGAGCUCACUGAGCAGCUGGAGCAGUCCAAACGAGUGAAGUCCACCCUGGAGAAGGCUAAACAAGCUCUGGAGAAGGAGACGUCAGAACUAACCAUUGAGGUGCGUUCACUGACUCAAGCCAAACAAGACGUGGAGUACAAGAGGAAGAAGGUUGAAGGUCAGCUGGCAGACCUGCAGUCACGCUUCAACGACAGUGAGAAGCAGAAGGCGGAGCUGGGAGACCGAUGCUCCAAGAUCACCGUUGAACUGGAGAGUGUGACGACGCUCCUGAACGAAGCAGAGGGCAAGAACAUCAAACUGAGCAAAGACAUCACCAGCCUCAGCUCCCACCUCCAAGACACACAGGAGCUGUUGGCUGAGGAGACGCGUCAAAAACUGCAGCUAUCUACGAAACUACGGCAGGUAGAAGAUGACAGGAACAGCCUGCAGGAGCAGCUCGAAGAGGAGAUGGAAGCCAAGAGGAAUGUAGAGAGACAUGUGUCCACCCUCAACAUCCAGCUGUCAGAUGCCAAGAAGAAGAUGGAUGAAAUGAUGGGGAACAUCGAGACGCUGGAAGAGGGCAGGAAACGUCUGCAGAGGGACCUGGAAGCAGCCAACACCCAGUUUGAGGAGAAAGCAUCAGCGUAUGAGAAACUGGAGAAAACCAAAAACCGUCUACAGCAGGAGCUGGAGGACACACUGAUGGACCUGGACAACCAGAGGCAGAACGUGUCAAACCUGGAGAAGAAACAGAAGAAAUUUGACCAGAUGUUGGCUGAGGAGAAGAGCAUCUCCAGCAAAUAUGCAGAGGAGCGUGACCGUGCUGAAGCCGAGGCCAGAGAGAAGGAGACCAAAGCUCUGUCCCUGGCGAGAGCUCUGGAGGAGGCCCAAGAUACCAGAGAGGAGAUGGAGAGAGCCAACAAGGCGCUGCGGCUCGAGAUGGAAGACCUGAUCAGUUCCAAGGACGAUGUGGGAAAAAAUGUCCAUGAACUUGAGAAGUCCAAACGAGGUCUUGAGGCCCAGGUGGAGGAGAUGAAGACGCAGCUGGAGGAACUGGAGGACGAGCUGCAGGCGGCUGAAGAUGCCAAACUGCGCCUGGAGGUCAACAUGCAGGCCUUGAAGGCCCAGUUUGAGAGGGACCUCCAAGGACGCGAUGAGAUGGGAGAGGAGAAGAAGAGACAGCUGGUCAAGCAGGUUCGUGAGCUGGAGACAGAGCUGGAGGAUGAGCGCAAGCAACGAGCCUCAGCAGCAGCAGCCAAGAAGAAGCUGGAAACAGAUAUAAAAGAUCUGGAGGGACACAUCGAGGCGGCCAACAAGGGACGAGACGAAGCCAUCAAGCAGCUUCGCAAGCUUCAGGCCCAGAUGAAGGACUUCCAGAGGGAGCUGGAUGACACCCGUGCAGCCAAGGAAGAGGUUUUAGUCACCGCAAAGGAGAGCGAGAAGAAGGCCAAGAGUCUGGAGGCUGAGCUGAUGCAGGUCCAGGAGGAUCUGGCUGCAGCCGAGCGGGCGCGGAAGCAGGCAGAGGCUGAACGAGAUGAGCUGUCCGAUGAGCUGGCCAGCAACUCUUCUGGAAAGGCGGUGCUGGCAGAUGAGAAGAGACGUCUAGAAGCCAAGAUUGCGCAGCUGGAGGAGGAGCUGGAAGAAGAGCAGAGCAACAUGGAGAUGCUGAAUGACAGAUUGAAGAAGAGCUCACAGCAGGUGGAGCAGCUGAACAACGAGCUGCAGACAGAGCGCAGCACCUCGCAGAAGAAUGAGAGCGCCCGGCAGCAGAUGGAGCGCCACAACAAGGAGCUGAAGGCAAAACUCCAGGAGAUGGAGAACCAGGUCAAGUCCAAGUUCAAGUCCUCCAUCUCAGCUUUAGAGGCCAAAGUGGCCCAACUGGAGGAGCAGCUGGAGCAGGAGAACAGAGAGAAGCAGGCGUCUGCCAAGAGUUUACGCCAGAAGGACAAGAAGCUGAAGGACCUGAUGAUGCAGGUGGAAGACGAACGGAAACAGGCAGAACAGUACAAAGACCAGGCAGAAAAGUCAAAUUCUCGCGUGAAGCAGUUGAAGCGGCAGCUGGAGGAGUCAGAGGAGGAGUCUCAGCGAGCCACAGCCGCCCGCCGGAAGCUGCAGCGAGAGCUGGAUGAAGCUACAGAGGCCAACGAGGCCAUGAGCCGCGAGGUCAACUCCCUCAAGAGCAAACUCAGGCGUGGAAACGAGCCGUCCUUCGGUGGCACAACUCGGCGUGUGGGCGGCGGCCGAAGGGUGGUGGAGGACGCCUCGGAGGAGGAGCUCGACGCUCAAACCGACUACAACGGAACCAAGUCCUUGGAGUAACAGACGGCUAGCUAUUAGUAGAAUUACCGACCAGCGGAGAAUAUGUUCAAAGCCUGAUGUGCUCGUUCUUCUAAGUAUCGAAUAUUUCAAAAAGAUCUCGAUGUGAAACCAAAAAAAAAAA